AUGCAAAAGAUUGAAAUUCAGACUGUAAUCAUUUAUGUUUGUGAAAAUAGAAUAUUCUUGAAUUUCUUCUUAGGAUGGAGUUUCAGCAUGGGAUCUGCUUAUCAGUUUCACAGUUGGAGAGUAUUUGUGAUCGUCUGCGCAUUGCCCUGCGUCUCUUCUGUGGUAGCCCUCACCUUUAUGCCAGAAAGUCCACGGUUCUUGUUGGAGAUUGGAAAACACGAUGAAGCUUGGAUGAUACUCAAGCAAAUUCACGACACAAACAUGAGAGCUCGUGGUCAGCCUGAGAAAGUCUUCACAGUUAACAGAAUUAAAACUCCAAAGCAGAUAGAUGAGCUCAUAGAAAUAGAGAGUGAUACAGGAACUUGGUACAGGAGGUGUUUUGUUAGAAUUCGCACAGAGCUAUAUGGUAUUUGGUUGACGUUCAUGAGAUGUUUCAACUACCCAGUAAAGGACAAUACAAUCAAGCUUACAAUUGUGUGGUUCACCCUGUCUUUUGGCUACUAUGGCUUAUCUGUCUGGUUUCCUGAUGUCAUUAAACACCUUCAGUCAGAUGAGUAUGCGUCCCGAGUGAAACUUUUCCGCAACGAGGAGGUUUCAAAUUUUGUCUUCAACUUUACACUGGAAAAUCAAAUUCACAGCAGCGGAGAAUACAUCAAUGACAGGUUUGUCAUGAUGAAGUUUAAAUCAGUAACCUUUGAAGAUUCUCUUUUUAAGAACUGUGUGUUUGAAGACAUAACUUCCCUGAAUACAUACUUCAGGAACUGCACUUUUGUGAAUACCACCUUCUACAACACAGAUCUCGAGCAAUAUAAAUUUGUUGACAGUGAUUUUAUAAAUUGCACAUUUUUUCACAUCAAGACAGGAUGCCAGAUUUCCUUUGAUGAUGACUAUAGUGCCUACUGGAUUUAUUUUGUUAAUUUUCUGGGAACGUUGGCAGUGUUACCAGGGAACAUUGUGUCUGCUCUUCUGAUGGAUAGAAUUGGACGUUUAACAAUGCUAGGUGGUUCCAUGGUUCUCUCUGGCAUAAGCUGUUUUUUCCUGUGGUUUGGGACCAGUGAAUCCAUGAUGAUAGGUAUGCUGUGCCUCUACAAUGGCCUCACCAUCUCAGCCUGGAACUCUCUUGAUGUUAUUACUGUAGAGCUGUAUCCUACAGACAGAAGGGCAACCGGCUUUGGCUUUUUGAAUGCACUAUGCAAAGCAGCAGCUGUACUUGGAAACUUGAUAUUUGGUUCCCUUGUUGGUAUCACCAAAGCAAUCCCUAUUCUCCUUGCUUCUACUGUUCUAGUAUGUGGAGGUCUGGUAGGACUUCGACUUCCUGACACAAGAACCCAGGUGUUGAUGUAACAGGAAAAAGCCAUUUUCUGUUUCUUUUUUCUUUGUACAAAUGUCAGGUCUCCUGUUUGGUGGUGCAAAGGCUUCAGAUUAUUAAUGCUUAGUUGAGUGUUCGAAUGGCAGAAACCAAACACAGGUGUGUGGAGUGGCAGAAAUCUAAAAACAACUCUGAAAAUUUUAGAUUUCUCUUUCAUUUGCUUGCAUACUUUGCUACUUAAAACCAUUUCACUUCAAACAGCAAGGCUACCUCCAAAAACUUUCAGUGACGUGUCCAGGAAGAUAAAAACCAUACUGAUAAUUUGAUACUUAAAAUACAAGCAGUCAUAUUUCUUAAAAACACGUGCUAAAUUUGUCCAUGGCUCUAUGAGCUCUUGUAGCAGUGCAGCCAUGCAAGUCAAUUACUUGAGAAUCUUAUGUGUAUCAGUACAUGCAGCAGUAAUCAGGAAUCUGUGCAGAGUGCAUCGGUACUGAAAAUACUGACCUUCCACAACCAAGUUUAUUAACAAAAACUUCUAAACUUGUACAUUUUAAGCCAGAGGCCUGAACAAAAGCGUCAGUGCCUCUUCAUUGGGAAACAGCUUUAGAUAGAUUCAAUCUAAAGCAAAGCUUACCAUCUAUACUUCAUAUUUGUUGAGAAGAAGGCAAUAGCUGUUGUGGGGAGAUCAUGAGUUAGGAUAAUGAGAUUAAUAAAAUAAGCACUUUCACUCUUCUCUGCUAGUCCUCCAGAAAAAAAAAUAAAAAAUAAAAAAUAAAAAAAUAAAAAAAAAUAAAGAAAAAAAAGUUUUCAUCUAAUUUGUGGCAUCUGCAGUAUUUUUUCCAUUUUAAAAAGGGCAUCCAUCUUAUUCCAGAUGUGAGUCAGUGCAAAAAACAGUAUUUAUGCUAUUGAAUCAUAGAAUCACAAGGUCGGAAAGGACCUACAAGAUCACCUAGUCCAACUGUGCAAGUAUGCAUCAAACCAUGCAAGUAUUGCACCAAACUGUGCAAGUUAUGAAUCAAAGAAAAAUCAAGCCAGUGAACUGUAUAAAGAGCAAGAUGCUGUCAGAAAAGUUUAUUUGGUACUUACUUACAUUUUUGUUUGGAAUUUACACUUCAAAUAGAAGUUUCUUUGUCAGAGAAUAUCACCUACGAAAUUUAGUCAGGUCAUAACUUCAGGGUAUUCUAAUUAAAAUCUCUCAAAACAUUUUUAUAAAAUAUUAAAACAAAGAAAAGCAAUAAUAAAAACACCUGAAUUAAUUUCAUAUCUUAUACACUCCUUCAUAUAACAAUAUACUCAUGAUUUUUAAUAUCCUAGAGAUACAUCAGUGUAUAAUGCUAAUAUCUCUCUGAAAAGCCAUUAAGAAAAAAACAGUGUCAAGUUUGCAGGGAUUGGUCAUAAGACAAAAUGUAAGUAUGGCAAGUAAAUGGUAAUAAAUAACUUUCUUAUAAGCCAUAUGCUAUGAAUUGUUUCAGAUCACAAUAAAACCAUCCCCACCAGUUCUGCUGCCCUGUAAAACACUAUCAGAUCUCUUUAAAAUGUUAGCAUUUAAACUUAAUUAUAGAUACGGUGAACAAAGGGAACACAUUCCCCUGAUGACAGAAACUGGCUUUGCUUUCAGUGAAGCUAUGACCUAGCUGUAUUUUUUCAGUUUUCAAAGAAUAACUUUCAUGUAAACCAUAAAGGAAAAAUUUUCAGUGCUUUUUCUAAUUAUGUCUCACUACUUUUAUUAGGUGACUGAAUCAUUGCCAAAGAAGUUAGGCUUUCAGAUAAGGGCUGUAUAGUAAACUAGAUUUUUCAUGACUUUUUCUUUCUCCUCUGUGGGAAGCAGUAGUAUCUAUCCCUGCAUUUUGUCAAUUGUCAUCUUAGUUAUUUUCAAAAAGUUAGUAGAAGAGGGUCCAAACAUCCAAGACAAUCUAUUACAUUUAAAGUUCACUGCUUGAUUUACAGAAUAUAGAAGUUUCAGUUUUUAACAAAUUCUUGUGCGUUGUAACACCAUAAAAUGAACCCAAGAUAGGGUUUCUGCUGUUAACAAACGAUUAAGUGACUAAAUUAAAAAAGCAACACUACC